GCCAAGCGUUCAGUUGUUGCACAGAUGCCGUCGUGAACGGUUGGAAAAUUUAGUUCUUGCUUAGUGACCUGGGCGUUUUUUAUUUUUAAUAGGGUUAUAUUGAUGACGUCUAUUUUGUCAGUAUGUUGGAUAACCAGGAAUCGCGAAUCACGUUCGAAGUGCCCACUGAUCUGGACUUUGACAAGUUGAUCCGUGACAACAACUACACGCUCUAUUGGCAGAAUCUGCACAGUGAACCGUACAGGCAAAAGGCCGGCAGUGCUGUAAAUUCGACCGUGUUGGGAGACCGCAAUUCAAGUGAUUUUAAUCUGAUGAGCAGUUUGAAGCAUUUUGCCGGUGAACGAAGUGUGGGUGGUGGAGCAAUCGGUUGGGGAAUAACUCCUGCCGACAGUGUGAGCUGGGAUAGUGCGGAGGGACAACUUACAGAUCCCAGCUAUUUGUGGAUAGGAGCUGUGAUGGUGCUGCUGACCCUGUCCGGCUUAUUUUGUGUGUGCUCCUGCUAUCUUUAUUACAAGUAUCGGAAAUGGCAGAAAUGUGUGUCAAUCGCCACCUGCCAUACUCUCUCCACGGAGGACGUCGAGGCACCUCCGCCGUACGAUACUGAAACUCCGCCUUCCUAUACCAUCGCUUCCGGCUUACCCACUUACGAGGAUGCCGUACAAAACAUUUUCACCCGACAACAGAUACGUGCAGGAUACGAAGUAGCUCGAAAACCGGCGCCAAUUUAUCCACCGGCUACGAUCAAAUUUCACCAAUCACGUCCACAAAAUUGGCUCAAUGUCACUGUUUUCGAGGAAAUCCAUUAUAAAUUCGUUGACCGGGGGCUUUUGAAAGAUCAAUCACCAAACAUGGUACCCAAAGCUGUGGUGGUUGCAUCGGAAGGUAUGCACAGUAAAAACAAACCGGAUAGCUACGACAGUGUCCCAGCUAGGGUUCAAAUUUGUGUAUUGGAAAAUGAAAAGAAUCGGGUCUCCAAUCGGUAAUACCCAAGGAUUCCUAAUGAAAACAGUGACUGUGUUAUAAACUUUUAAAAUUUUACAAUUAUGCUGAUAUGCUGAGAUUGAAGACUGUGUGGAUAUUCCUUCUUGUACAUAUAUGUAGUGUAUAUUACGAUUUCUUCACACUUAAGAGAGUUUAAUCAUAUUAGUAUAUUUAGAUUUGUGAGCAAAUAUCCAAAUGUUUGUGUGAACAUUAAUGAGAUGAAUUAUGUGAGUGUAUUAUAUAUACUAAUAUCAAUAGAAGACUGAAAAUAAAACACGUUUUGAUAUA